ACAAAACAGUGUCUUUUCAUUUCAGGGUGUUAGACCAUCACCGCAUAUUAGUAAUAGAUCUAUAGAAAUAUAAUCAUAGUUAGGAUAUUUUCUCAUCAAACUUUUUAUUAUCAAGGUCUGGAACACAACAUUUAGUAGUUGUACUUCCUUUUUGUAAUGUUUUGCAUUUAAGUGUAGGGGCUUUAUAUUUAGACUUCCUGCUUAAGUGCCGAGUGGUUUCAGAAAUAUAUAUAUAUAUUUCUGUUUGGUUGUUUCUGUAUUGACAUAAGUUUUAAUUAUCAGAAUAAAACAUUGUAUCAUGGAUGGAAGCUCAUUAUCAUCACUUUCAGAGGAGGAAUCUUCAAAACAGCAUUCUCUUCCUAAAGAGACCAAGGAAGAAAGAACGUCGCUCUGCUCAGGACAAGUGGAGGAUUUGACCCAAACAGACAGACUCAUCUCUGGAGAGGAGCAGUUAACAUUAAUCACAGAAAGCAUGUCCAUCACGUCUGCAGACCAGGAGAAACUUCAGCUCCUUAACAAGAACACAGAGCUUCGCAGGCUCAACAAAGAGCUUAUGAAGCUAAAUGAGGACUGGGACCACAUCUACCGCAGCACAAGUGCAGGCCUGCAGCAACGGGUGGCGGCUCUGGAGCAAGAAAUUUCGGCCCUCAAGCAACUCAACAGCAGACUCUUGAUCAAAGUUGAACAUGAACAGAAUAAAAGUGAGUAUUAUGAACACACACUGAUGCAAGAGCUAAAGAAAAAUCAACAUCUUCAAGAGUACAUCCGCCUCCUGGAGAGCCGUCUUCACCACACUGAUACCCUGAAAGACUGGGCUUUAGGGACCCAGAACAUGACAGCUGUUAUCAGCCCACCAGAGGCACAUAUCCUGGAGCGAAGUCCCAAAUCCUCCACUUCCACUGCUCCAUCUUUGGAGCUCCAGCACAGGACUAGGUCCAGCCGAGCACAUUCUGAGAGCCAUGAGAAGCAGAAUGAUGCCAUUAAGGAAGUUCAGGACCUUAAAGAGCAGCUGGAAGCCUUGAGGUGCCAGACUAAAAUCUAUGAAGCAGACUAUAAAAUAGAGCACAAGGACCAUGAACGCAUGCUCCAAGAGAACAAGAGGCUCCGGCGUCGUGAGGGAGAGAUGCGGCAGCAGAUGGCGCUGUUGCAAGAACAGCUGAAGGUGUAUGAGGAUGACUUCCAGAAGGAGCGCUCGGAUAAGCAGCUACUGCAGCGGCUUCUGAUGAAGAAAGCUCCAGUGGGGCAGGAGCCAGCACUAAUCCACCGCUGUAAUAAUGACCAGGAGAGACCAAGAGGAGAGAGGAGAAGAAUAAGAGAGGAGAACAGAGCAGCUUUCAUGUGUCCAAAACACUGUGAGAACCGUGGGCACCUGGAGUACCCCUGAGAUACACACUGGUCCAGCUCUAAAUGUGAUUGUAUCUAAGGCUGCAUGCUAAAACUGUUACUAUUUUUAUAAUUGGUAUUAUGUAUUUAUCAGAGUCUUUAGCUUUUUUAUUGGGCAUAAACUCACACACAUACUCAUGCACAUAUAUUCACAGGUUCAGCAGAGAAGUAUUGUGAUUGUAUCUAAAGUUACAGUACACACUUAUAAUAACAUUUUGAGAAAUGAUAUUUAGAGUUAGAAAUUUAUUUAUGAAGCUUUAUAUUUAGUUUUGAAUGACCUUUCCUAAAAUUUUGACUUUUCUUAAAAUUAAGACUUUUUCUUAAAAGCUUACAUUUUCAAUUUCUCCUUUUUCUUUCUCAUAAGAGAAAUGCUAUUGAAUAAAUGCCAGUUUUUAUAGAUAGAUAGAUAGAUAGAUAGAUAGAUAGAUAGAUAGAUAUUCAAGAGUGUAAUUGUAUUAUUUUUUUACUUGCCAUAUAAUGCAAUCCUGCUUAUAACAAUAUACUAAUAGGGGUGUUGCAACAUACAAGUGCUGCAGUAUGUACCAUUAUGAGAAAACCUGUGAUUACAUGAUUACACCAUUUUAUUUUAUACUGCUUUAAAUGUGGUGCAUUUGUUGCUAUACAUGCUACAUGCUUUUCAAAAUAAGAACUUCUUUUUUGAACAAACA